UUUAUUGGGUCAUCUUGGGACUACUUUGGUUGACGAUCGGUUCAUUCACUUGCUUGAGUGCCCUGAUUAUGAUGAUUUUCCAUGGGGAAAAUAUUCAUUCCAGUUAUUUGUUCAGUCUACUAAUUAAGAACAAGUUGUGGACUAAACAUAAUGCAUCAAGUCAAUCUGCUUUCUAUCGUUUGUAUGGUUUUCCGCAUGCUAUUCAGUUUUGGUUUUAUGAAACAUUGAUUUCUGUGCCUGAGUAUUUGUGUACUUUGAGCAAUGCUGCUGUUUAUCCUCGAUUACUGUGUUGGAGUCCGAAGGAUAUUAAGAAAAUGCAGAACUUUGAUUUUCAGGUUUUUGAUGAUGGAACUGAAAAGGUCUCAGUGCUUUCAAAUAUUGUAGCAAAUGAGUUUGAGUCAAGUCAACUUAUUGUUACUGGACUAAAUUAUCAAGGUCAAGUUGUGAAGCGAGCAAGAACUUCUGCUUCUGAUUCUGAAGAUAAAAUAUUGGAAGUGGCAAGGUCUGCUUGUAUUAAAUUUGUCCAUGAAUUGAAAGCACUAAUUUUUGAUAACAAGGCUGAUUAUUCUGAUGUGGAGUGUGACGUUCGAAAGCGCAUUUGUGCUUCUGUGGUUAGUUUUGAAGAAAAUCAAUUGAGUGAUAUUUUUGAUGACAAAUCUGGAAAGGCUGAUACUGUAGAAGAACUGAUAUAUUCUUCUGACGGUGAUUCUGAGACUGUUAAUGAGAAUAACAGUGGCUCAUCGGAGGAAACUGUGAGUGAUGAUGAUGUGAGUCAUAAGGUCUUUAAGGAGAGUGCUGUGAUUUUAAAUAAUGAAAAUGUUGUACCUGUUUCUGAAUCAGUUGGAGGAAAGGUAUUUUUUUAUUGUUGUUGAUUUCUUUAUAAUUAA